AUGGGUGGCGGUGUUCACUGUUUCACUCCUUUUUCCUCUUCUCUCUUUCUCACACACAAAGAAAGCAAACAAGCGCUAAUCGCUACUGUGAAAUUCGAAGGCACUGAAAGGACCAACAGCACACACACCGCCCACACACAUAUUUGUAUGCUCUCACGUGUUGCUGCAGUGAAGGCACCCCGCACACACAACCGUCGCCGCGUGACCGGAUCCAGCGGAAGGAUGAGGGAAGGAAGAGAGAGUGAGCCGCGGAGGCCCAACAUGUCCCGGCGUGUGUUUGCUUCCGCGGUGCUGCUCCUCGUCGUGAUGGUGUGCUGCGGCAAUGGUGGAGCUGCAGCCACUGAGGACACGUCGUCAGCUUCAGGAUUUUCACCGGAUAAAAGUUUUGUUUGGAGAGAUAAGAACGGGGGUGAAACAGUGAGUUCGUUACGUGUUCCAGUUCUUGUUGAGAUGGAUGGUGAUGUGCUUGCUGUUGCCGAGGCGCAGUUGAAGGAGGGAGAAAGCAAUUUUACUGGGAUUGCCUCGGAGCUUCUGGAGUGGACAUAUGAAGAAUCAAAAGGGGAGUUGGAUGCAACUAAACUGAAGACACAAGUGCUGGAGGAAUGUCCAUCCGACAAAAAGAAUUGUGCCUCCCAUUCAGAAGCUCAAGAUGCUUCCCAAAGCUGGACAAAAGUACGUGUGAGCCGACCAACAACAGUUGUGAAGGGAAGUGAUAUUUACAUGCUCGCUGGAACCUACAGUUUUGAAGUUACUGAAGGCGCUGCUGGUAGCAAAGCUGCAGCAGCUAAAUGGGAGCUUUUGGUGGCUGUGGGAAACGUCAGUAACGAUGAGAGCAGCGGUAAAAAAAAAAUUUGUUGGAAAGACACCUCCGUUAUCCCGUGGACUGGUUUUGAAACAGAACACGAGUCAUUGACAGGGCUGAUUGGCGGCGGUGGAUCGGGUAUUCAGAUGGAGGACGGCACGCUUGUGUUUCCCGUGGAAGGCACGAAGAAUGGAAAGAACGUUUCGCUGAUAUACUCCUCAGCCACUGAGAAUUGGAAGCUGUCGAAGGGGAUGUCUGCCGAUGGCUGCAGUGAUCCCUCCGUCGUGGAGUGGAAGAAGGACAAACUCAUGAUGAUGACUGCGUGUGAUGAUGGCCGCCGUAGGGUGUACGAGUCCGGUGACAAGGGGGAUUCGUGGACGGAGGCACUCGGGACACUCUCGCGUGUGUGGGGCAACAAAAAGGGCGUUAGAAGCGGGUUCAUCACAGCGAAGAUUGACAACAGGAAUGUGAUGCUCGUCACUCUGCCGGUGUAUGCCAAAAAAGAAGAAAAGGAAAGUGUGGAAAAGGGUGAACUCCAUCUUUGGCUGACGGACAAUACGCACAUUGCUGAUAUCGGGCCGGCAUCUGUGGAAGGAGACGAUGUUGCCGCCAGCUCCCUGUUGUACAAAAGCGGUAAAAGUGAAACGAAUGGGAAGGAGGAGUUGAUUGCACUGUACGAGAAGAAGAAAGGCGGUGGGGAUACACCAUCACCCGGUAUGGUCUCUGUGCGUCUGACUGCGCAGCUGAAUCGGGUGAAGGAGGUGCUGACGACCUGGAAUGAAGUGGACAAACGUGUCUCCCAGCUGUGCGCCAAUUCACUUGCUCAGAAGGAUCUCUUAACUGACACUGCCUGCAGCGCUGAUAAGAUCACGGCUGGGCUGGUUGGCUUUUUGUCCGGCAACUUCUCUGAUAACACAUGGAGGGACGAGUACCUCGGGGUGGACGCCACAGUAAAGAACGGUGCAGCAGAGGCAAUAUUGCAUGGCGGCGGCGUGAAGUUCCAUGGAGCGUGGGCGGAGUGGCCCGUUGGCAAGCAAGGGCAGAAUCAGCUGUACCACUUUGCGAACUACAACUUCACUCUUUUGGCGACGGUGUCCAUCGACAAGGUGCCGAAGGGAGAUACUCCCAUUCCUUUGAUGGGUGUGAAGAAGAUGAAUGGUGGUAAGACUGUGCUCCUGGGACUGUCGUACAACAACAAAGAAAAGAAGUGGCAGCUGCAGUGCGGUGGCGGAACGAAGUCGGAAGGGCUUAGCAGCAAUUGGGAGCCAGGGAAAACAAAACGCCACGUGGUAAUUUUGCAACGGAACGGCAACCAGGGCACCGCGUACGUCGAUGGUCAGCGUGUGGGUGUGGGUGCGUCGUGUGCAUUGGGAGGUACGGAAUCCCAAGAGAUCUCACACUUCUACAUUGGAGGGGAUGGAGAGAACACAGCGGGUGACGAAGACGUGUCUGUGACGGUGACGAACGUCCUGCUGUACAACCGCCCGUUGGAUGAAGCAGUGAUUACUGCGCUUCACACGGAAAGCGUUACUAUUCCAAAGCUGGAUCAUGCAAAACCAGAGCCGAGGGGUACUCCGUCUACUCCUGCCGGGCAACAGCCGUCGGAAUUGGGGCAUUUGGUGGGAAGCAGUAAAGUUGCGAGUGGUGGUGUGGAGGGGGCCGAUCCACAGAUCAGGGGAGUAAAUGCCACGGCACUCAGCAGCAGCCUCGUAAAUGUGUCGCAAGAAAAUAACAGCGAUGCCGGCACCAUGCGUGGGAGCGGACUGCUGCCAUCGCUGCUUCUGCUGUUGGGACUGUGGGGGCUUGCGGCCCAGUGA